AGAUUAAAGACAUCUCCUGUCCGCAAUCAUCUUCGAAUGCUAGCAAGCCGCUUGCGUUUGUUCACCUGUGUUGAUUUAUUUUCCAAGGCCUCUACUUCAGCGAUUUAGAUUUUACGAUUUAGAUCCCUUCUAUUAAUUUGACUUCUAUAAAAAACCCCGAUCACAACUCACUCAUGCCGGUGACGGCUUCGAUAUCGAUUUGACAUGUUUCGAUUGGCAAAAAAGAUCAGAAUGGACGGGCAACACAAUACCAUGACGUCGCCCUCAUCUCUCUUCAGAAACAUUAAUGUUUCACUCCGCUCGGCGUCGGCUUGGUUCUACUACGCUGCCAUCGCUUCCUACUAUUUCAGUUCCAGCACCUUCACUGUCGCCACCGCGGCCAGUCCCCCAACCUCCGCCAGGACCACUGAGCAGUUCCAAAAUGCUGUCGACUCAAAUUCUUGCACCGGGCCGGUUGCAGCUGGUGCAGCUCCUACACCUACUGUGCCCCCCUCUGUGGCAAAAAUAGUUUCCGCAAGCAUCGGCUUCCCACGGCCGCCGGAAAAUAGAAACAAAGAUAUUGGUGUUGACAGUCGGAGCUGCAGGACCGAUGUUUCCGGGGGUUCCUGCCAGCAACGCGGUCGACAGGGAGGUUCUUCCUCGGCCGCAAACCGGCGACCGACCACAACCGCGUCGCGUAUAGCGUUCUCAAACGUUACAUUCUCAGCUGUUACAUGAAUUUGCAAUGCAAGAAUUGGAAAAGUCAAAGGGCACAGAGAUUGCGCCUCUAGCACUACAAAUUCGCGCAGAUUUCAAUACUGUUUAGCCCUUUAAAAAUUUGUCGUGCGCAGCAGCUUCGCCGUGUGGAUGUUCAUGUUGAUGGUAGUUUUGCAUGGAAAAUCAUGUAACAGCUGAGAGUGGUGUAACGCUAACGCUUGAGAAUGCCAUAUCGCAGCAGCGGGUGAAAGACGACGUUUUAGUGGAGUCUGUUUCUCCCAUAUGCAAGAGAAAAACCGUGUAAGUGUAAAAGUAAAUUUGUGUUGCAGAACAUGCAACAGACUCACGCCUAUCAUGCCAGACAGCCAUGAAGUCCUCUUUUCAUGUGUGUUUUCCCUUACAAGCCACGCAUGACAGGUUUUCUCUGUCAUGUAGAGCAAAUUUGUGAUGCUGUUUCUCAAAGAAAGUUACACUUACACACUUUUUUUCCUGGAUAUCCCAGGCUGCCGACGUUGCCCCCGAACCAAACCGGCGUUAUCACGAAGCAAAGACGCCCAGACACCUCUCCGGGUGUCGCUUCCAGUGCAGUGGUGCGUGCAGGAGGAGGAGCGGCGGCGCAUCAGGUGGUGCUGGGUACUACUAGCAGGGUACCCUCGGGGUUGCCGGGGAGUUCCUCCAGUCGCGGUCCGGCUCCGUCGCCAAAGGAGCAGCAGCCCUGGAGCGCACGGUAAUAGAGUUUGAUAAUUGAUGCAUAAAGCUUACAAGAACGCCAGAAGAUUAAUACUUGAAUAAAAAAAACAAAAAGAACGCUUGAAUAAAACAAACAGUUCUACCAGUCUGCACCGCUGGACAACCAGGAUUCGAUCCCCCUAUUCUGCAAUCUCCGCCGAAAUGCAACAUCGCCUGAGCAGUCCGGGGGCUGGAGCGAGAACAACAAACCGCGUACAUGUUGGAGGUGAUAUUAGUGCACCUGCUCCCGCCACCACGACCACCGCCCGGCCCCCCGCUCCGUUUUACGAAGACGAAUGCGUGUACCGCGGGGAGCCGCGGGGGAAGUGCAGCGGUGUGCCCAUCAUGCAAACCGUGCUGGCCGCGCACGCCGUGCCGUGCGACAAGUCGCAAUCCGUGAUGACGCACACGGCUUCCCCGGCCCACGGAAUGUACAGCAUCGAAACCAUGGGGGCGGGCUUCGGGCGACAGGCGUGUACCCAGGAUCAGGUCGAUAUGGGAGUUUCAGGAUCGAAAUCGACAAAGUUGAAUAUGAUUUGUGAUGCAUAAAAUGCGAAGCACAAAGUGCCUGCCUUGCGAGGAUGGCAAGUGAGGCUGAUUGUAAGCCUUUGUAGGGGUAGAGUUGAGCUGCCAAGGAGCAUGGCAAACGCAGCCUUCUCUGCUCCAAACAGCAUGGCAGGUUGUCGUGCGCCGCUUCGUAAUUGGAGGCCCAAGUGGUAUCCAUUUUAUGCAUGACAAACUGUUUGUGUUUCAACUUUGACGAUUUCGAUCCUGACACUCCCAUAGUCGAAUUGGUUUCGUCGCCAAGAAGAACGAGGGACAUCGGCGAACCGACAGAGAAGAAGUUGACACCUUCAAUAUGAAUUGCAAAAGUAUCGUACUCGUAUAAAUGCAUUUCCUCAGCAUGGGAAAUAAAUAAAAUCUGUAAUGCAGAUUUACCUUGGGAACAAGAUUUGUAAUGCAACACUUGCAUUUAUACGAGUACGAUACUUCUGCACUGGAUAUUCAAACGCCGCCAGCAAUAAAAUGGCUACUAUUUCCAACCGGGACGUUGCGAAGGCCACAAUAAUUCGGGCGCUGAGUAAAACGACUGGUGGGCCAGGUGUUGCUACAACAGCAACCGGCGCUGCUGCUGCUGCUGCUGCUGUUAUGGAUCAUGUAGAAGUGCCGGCGGCGGUGGCUGCACCUGCGCGCCCGUCCGGAGGAGGAGCGUCGUCGUCCUCGACAACGUCUACCUUCCCACUACAGACGACGGGCAGCUUCCCGAUCGGUGACCGGAUCGUGCCGAACCCAUUUGGCCCCUUGGGCUUGGUCGUGCCCCAUCCGCCACUGACCGCCCGGGAGCAUCCACAGCGGCCCGUCACGGUGCAGCACGCUUCGCCUGGUGGCGGGACGCAGAACAGGCCACGACGGCCGCAGUCGGCGGGGAGUAGCAACACAUUUCUUUCCAGACCCUACACGGCCGAUACUGCCUCCAGCAGUGUUGUUGCGUUCGCACCGGACAAGCUCCUGCCCGAGUCCGUUGUUACGCCCUCGCCAGAUGUCGAACGCUACUUCUCCCCGGGCGGCUCCGCGGGCUUGCGGCGGGCUCUGUUCCCCGAACCGGCAAGGCCGGGGGAAACGACGUGGCGGCGCGGGGGACAGGGAGUGACAAAAGACGGCAUUUUUCCCCAAGAGUCCCACGACCAAACUCGCAGACCCCUGGCACGACACCCGCCUUUCUAGAUUUAGGGGGAUGUAGUAUGGAAUCAACAUCGAUCGCUAAUUUUGCAUUUUCAGUACUACAGAUAUUUGAGAACAACAUCAUAGCACUAGUGACAGCUCAACAGGCAAAGAAAAUAUAUGAAAGAUAAAAAUUUAAAAUGCAGAAUGCGAAUGAGCGCAUCUAAACAUGGAGCACACAUAGAGGACGCAAGUAUCAGUGCCACUUGCUUUCGUAAGGCGUCGGUUCUUGCAGCUAUUACAAAAAGAUAGUAAAAAAGAACGGAGUGGUCAACGGUAAAGUAUCGAAAUGAGAAUAAAUGAAAAGUGCUUCAUCUACUACUUGAGAAACAAGAUAUACUUGAAUUUUAAUUUAAGCUUUACAGUAAUAUGAGUAUCUACUACCUCCAGAGACGGCCCCGCGUGUGGAGCCGCACACUACUAAUUUUCUACUGUCUACCUCUACUCUCUCGAUCUGGCUGAUACCGUGGGCUCUCUCGCUUUCGCGAAAGAAUCGACUCCGGAAUUAUUUACAUCAAAAUGCACCCCUGCUUUAUUCUUGUCAUUGUCUUUGUAUUGACCACCUGCUAGAUGAGUUGUGCUGUACUUCUUUAACCACACCGUACACUUCCUAGCGCUUAUCUACAAACAACAAUCUUCGACCGCUAAACCUAAAACUCAUUUUACAAACCGCAUCGAACGAUCCAGAUCUUGCAAUGUUAUAUGAAAAUCCAGCACAAGAACAGCUCCGGACUACAUCUACAACAGCGACCACCACUUGAUUUCAAGAAAUCUGUACCGCAAUUGAAAGCCCUUUCAAUUGUCUUCCUGAAAAACUACGC